AUGAGCUACACUCGGUGUCCCUUCCUCGUCGACUCUCAGCAUCCUCAGGGUUCAGCCGAUCCCGGCCUCGUCAAGAACUACGCCAGAUGGCUUCUCAUGCCGCAUACGGUUCACGGGAUUCAAAAUUCCGAAGCGAGAACAGUGCAACAUAGCGUCGAAGUCGGCUCCGGCGUCAACGAGGAUGUUGCAGCUGCCGGUGGCCUGCCUGUAUCCUCUUCGAUGCCGAAACGAUGGAAUGCGGUGCAGAUUCGUUCCUUCGUGGAUCAAUAUCGAAGCGACGGCGAAAUAUCCGCCAGCCGCCCGAGACGCCAUCGUAAGCUCAAGCAGAGGCGCGUCGGCAUCCAGAGGACGCACCGCACGGCGAGCUACGUGGCUCGACGGAUCCGCCGGGCCAGGCGCUAUCGGCGCUGCAAGGUCGUGGUCGAUAACGAGCUCAGGGUGAUCCGCGGCGACGUGACGGUGUUCGGCCCCUUCGUUGUCGAAGGCGAGCUGGAGGUCAACGGUGACGUCGACUUCAACCGGGACCUGCUGGUCCACGGCGACGUCGCGAUCAACCGCGGCCAGGGCUGGAUGACGACCGAUGUGGACUGCGAGGAAGAAGCAGAAGGGCCGGAGGACGUUCCAGCUCGCGCCCGCGCGCGCUCCCUACAGAUGCUGGAGCGCUAUGGCUGGGACCACGCGUUUCAGACGGAGCUCUCCGCGGGACCUUCCAGGUGCGGCACGUCCGAACCGACUGUAUGCGGCGACACAAUCUUCUUGAAAGGCCUUACCGUCCGCAACACGGGCAAACUGGUCAUCCAUGGCAAAGUCGUGGUCCGCGGCAAGGCGGUCGUUACGGGCGACGUCGACUUCAACGGCCAGCUAUUCAUGCUUGGCGAUACGGAGACCGUCGACCUCCAAGGGCAGGGGUACAUUGAUCCCGGCAAAGCACGGACCACCGGAGCCAUAUUAUGA